GAGAGCGGGCGAGAGAGCUGCCCGAGAGGGAGGGGGCGCGAGGCAUUGACCCGAAGCCCGGAGCAGCACGCGGCCGCCCCGCACCUGCGGCGAUGGAUGCGGAGGGGGCGCUGAACACCUUGCGGGGGGGCGACGCGGGGGCCAUCGAGAGGGUCCUGCGGGAGUACAGCGAAGAGCACAGGGCUACUUUCAAGUUUGACCCUGCUGACGAAGAGAAGAGAAAGAAACUCUGUGAAGGGAUAUUUAAGGUCCUGGAGAAAGACAUCACGACGUCAUGCCAAGUUACCUGUCUGGAAGCCCUCCGCAUCCUUUCCCGAGACAAAAAGGUUCUCGUUCCCGUCACCACCAAGGAGAACAUGCAGAUUCUGAUGCGGCUCGCCAAACUGGACGACUCCGAGGCUUCUCUGGAGGAGGCGGCAGACUUCCCCGUCAUUGUGGAAUCGCUGAAAUGCCUGUGCAACAUAGUGUUCAACAGCCAGAUGGCCCAGAAGCUCAGCCUGGAACUCAACCUGGCCGCCAUGCUGUGUAACCUGCUGCGGAAGUGCAAGGACCGGCAGGUCAUCAGCGACAUUAAGUGCUUCGACCUCCGCCUGCUCUUCCUCCUGUCCCUCCUGCACGCCGACAUCAGGACCCAGCUCCGCUACGAGCUCCAGGGGCUGCCCCUGCUCACCCAGGCCCUGGAGAGCGCCUUCAGCAUCAAGUGGACUGACGAGUACGAGGCGGCCAUCGACCACAACGGGCCGCCCCUGUCCCCGCAGGAGACGGAUUGUGCCAUCGAGGCCCUCAAGGCCCUCUUCAACGUCACCGUCGACAGCUGGAACGUCCACAGUGAGAGUGACUCUCACCAGUUCCGUGUCAUGGCCGCGGUCCUGCGUCACUGCUUACUCACCAUGGGCCCAACUGAAGACAAAACAGAGGAACUUCACAGCAAUGCAGUCAAUCUUUUAAGCAACGUUCCAGUCUCCUGCUUGGAUGUCCUCAUUAGCCCAUUAGCCCAGGACGAAAUUGCCCAGGAGGCGACAACUCUGGAUGAAUCGAACCAAGAAACCGAAACAGGCCAAGAUGAAACAAGGGAAGAAGAAGCCAAUUUGAAGUACAAUACCAUGGUGUACAAUGGCAUGAACAUGGAGGCCAUCCGUGUUCUCCUUGACUUUAUGGAAAAGAGAAUAGACAAGGGAAGCUGCUACCGGGAGGGCCUGACUCCAGUGCUCAGUUUAUUAACCGAGUGCUCCCGCGCUCACCGAAACAUCCGGAAAUUCAUUAAAGACCAGGUCCUGCCUCCUCUGAGAGAUGUGACCAACCGCCCCGAAGUCGGCAGCACCGUGCGGAACAAGCUGGUGCGCCUCAUGACUCAUGUUGACCUCGGGGUCAAGCAGAUCGCGGCCGAAUUCCUGUUUGUCCUUUGCAAAGAGAGAGUGGACAGCCUCCUGAAAUACACCGGUUACGGCAACGCUGCAGGACUGUUGGCGGCAAGGGGCCUCUUGGCAGGAGGAAGAGGAGACCAUUGGUACUCAGAUGAUGAAGACACGGACACGGAGGAGUACAAGUCUGCAAAGCCCAACAUUAAUCUUAUCACUGGUCAUUUAGAGGAGCCCAUGCCAAACCCCAUAGAUGAAAUGACAGAAGAGCAAAAGGAAUACGAGGCCAUGAAGCUUGUCAACAUGCUUGAUAAACUUUCCAGAGAGGAGGUGAUUAAACCAAUGGGUGUGAGGCCAGAUGGGACAAUGGCUCCUUUGGAGGAAACUCUUUGCCAGUACCACGUCACCGAGGAGAACAGCUCUGACUCCGACUGAAAGAAUCACCUGCUCCACUCUCAAUAUCGCUUUCAUCAGCAUCUUUCUCUGUAGCCCCAGGGGGAAUCUUUUCUCUCCAACAUCUAGGCCCUUGCUUUGGCUGGAAGCACAUUAACUGGUUUACUUCUUCAACGUCCAGGAUACUGAAAGGGGUGAUUCUGUGGAAUUUGCAAUAUUGAAACUGAGGCAUUGGUACAGAAUAUCAAUGGGGUGCAGUUUACCCAAGGGCUGGGGGGUAGGGUGGGGGGAGGUGGGGUUGAUGUGUAGGGACAAAAAAGUGGUUGCAUUUCACCGGGAUGGGACUGACGGGCCACCUCAGAGCACUGGAUCUGCCAGGGCCCCUAGUCAGAAAGGAUGGCGGCGUCCAUCCGCUCAGUUGGACUAGUGCCCCCUUCCACGCUCCUCCGAAAGAUGGCACCGUGUUCUGUGUGUUAGAUCAUGGCUGAUGAGGUAAAGCCAGAGCGACUGCUUCAUGACCCCGGUACCAUCUCACCACUUAUCACGUCUCAAUUAUAUUGAAAUCUAUCAUAUGAAUAUAUAUGUAUACACACACAUGCACGCGAUUGCACAGAGGCUGCCCCCAGCCUGCAUUCUUCUCUGAGCCCAUUGUCUGCAACUCAGAAUGCAAUUUCCCAUAGACAGGUCAUUAUGCAUGGUGGUUAGGUUCCUAGAUCAGCCUAAAAAAAAAAACCAACCCUAUUUAAUCCCCCAACUCUAUUUAACCUACAGCGUCCCUGAUGUGUUGUACAUAAUAAUAGAAUAGUUUCUAGCUGAUACUGCCCCCUAUGGGGAACGUGCAUUCUGAGUUCCGAAUCAGACGGCCUACGAUACUGAUCUAUCACCCCAGCGGUGGCUGCAGGGCUAGGGUCUCUGGCAAUGACAGCCACUUGGGGGUGGGGAGUGUAGGGGAGACCAACUUUGGUGGCUGAGAAAGCCAAGGGCUUCGGCCUAAGGGGUGUCUUUGUCAGUUGGGGGCUGCCUCUCUGUGUGUCUCUGUGUCUCUAGAGAUCUGUUCAUUACCGUACAUAAUCAGGUUGUUAAUGGUAACUUUAUAUAUUUAAAAAGCAAAAAGUAAGACCGCACAAUUGUUGGUUACUGUUCAUUUUUAUUUUUCGAGUGUGUCAGGAUUUUAGGACCGAAGGGUAGAAAAAGGAAUCAUGUCAUAGAAAGAGGGACCUGCUAGAUCAAGUCAAAAGGAGUUUGGUUUCCUUUUUAUACAUAUAUAGAUAAUGUGCUUAACCACUGCCUUUUAAAACUUUAAAUUAAAUAAAACAUUGGGGUUGAUUCAGCUUG